AAAUCAGAUCGUACGUCCGACCUUCAUAAUGUGUGGGAAGUGGUUAGUCGGUGCUUGCUUACACAAUAUGUCAACCACCCUCAGGUCAAUGCAAGGGCUCUGAACAGGACUGAAUCCUUGGAUCAGGGAUGUGAUUAAAACCGAGGAUCUUCUUCAGUGCCUUUACCCAGUCUAUUCCAAUUACUCGCUCUAAGAUCAACAUGAGUCAAGCUAAAAAGGGAGCCACUGUCGUUCCAAUGGUUAUAUUAACCAAUCCGUCCUCAUUGGAUGAGUCCUUCAGUUCCACGGGUGAGGAGGAAAUGGAACAUCGUUCGAGACCCGAUGUUACGUUCCAAGAGGAUCCAGAUGACAUGAACGAUGACGUGUUCCAGGUAGAAACCCAAGCCUCCGUUCAUCAACCGGCUAAAACCUCGACCAAUCGUCCUAACAUCAUAGUCAAUAACUUCACCACUGAUCUGCCUCGCUUACCCCGAAAACCAUCGAUCCGAAUCAAGCCUUUGGAUGGUAUUGUCGAGCGCGAUUGUGAGAUUGAGGAACAAAUGGAAAGUGAUGAAGAGAAUCAUGAUCGGAUCAAGGUGGUUCAAGAUGUAGAAGGCGAGGAUGGUAAUAAUUGCCUUCAUCCUUGCGGUGAAGACGGCCUCAGUGAUUGUUCCAGGCGAACAAGUGAAAUUUCGCUUUACCAACAACAAAGACGGGUUCGACUAUCGAUCCCUUUUGAGCCAGGGCACCGAUUAUCCGUGCCCAGUAGUGACAAUAGUGAGGUGCUUUGGUCAGAUCCCCAUAUUAGAGAUAAAGUGUUUCGAAGAAGAACAGCCGUUCACGGUCUCAGCCCUAAUACCAACCUAAGCAUUGGAGCAGUUAUGUUAGCGGCUGCGGAGCAAGCCAGUCGAGCUCGUGAGCAAAAGGAGGCUGGACUUGACCAUCGAGGUUUGCAGAAAAUCUCGAGCAAGAGCCUUCUCAUGGGAAAACGACGCAGUGGAAGCUUGGACCCGUUCGGGUCGGGUCCAUCGUCUCUUUUCAUCCUCAGUGAGAAGAACUUCAUACGGAGGACCACCAAGUUCCUGAUAGAAUGCACUCCAUUCGAAUAUACCGUCCUACUCACAAUCAUUGCCAAUUGUGUGGUCCUCGCUUUGGAGGAGCAUCUUCCCAAUGGCGACCGAACUCCACUGGCUCAAAAACUGGAGGCAACCGAGCCUUACUUCCUCGGAAUUUUCACGGUGGAGGCGGCGCUCAAGAUCUUGGCCUUGGGCUUCGUUCUUCACCGUGGCAGUUACCUUCGAAAUGCGUGGAACAUCAUGGACUUCAUAGUCGUUGUGACUGGAUAUAUCACUAUUUUAAGCCCCGAAGACCCAACUGUGCUUAAGGCAGGAGCCAAGUCUGAGGAUGGCGUUGAUUUGAGAACCCUGAGAGCUAUUCGCGUCCUUAGGCCUCUCAAAUUGGUCUCGGGGGUGCCAAGUUUACAAGUGGUCUUAAAGUCCAUUUUAAAGGCCCUUGCUCCUCUGAUGCAAAUUGGCCUCCUUGUUAUGUUUGCCAUUCUCAUCUUCGCCAUUAUUGGGCUGGAAUUCUAUUCCGGAGCCCUCCAUAAGACAUGCUAUUCCAUUGACAAUCUAGAUGAAACCGUAACAGAAGGGAACAAGAAUGUUCCCUGCCACUCGGAUAAUCCUGCCCUCGCCCCUAUUGGCGCCUACACGUGCAAUUCCAAUAUUUCCAUUUGUCUCGAAAAGUGGGAAGGACCAAAUUAUGGGAUCACGUCUUUCGAUAACAUCGGAUUCGCUAUGCUCACUGUCUUCCAAUGUGUGACCAUGGAGGGAUGGACUCCCAUCCUUUAUUGGACCAACGACGCCAUGGGAAACUCGUUCAAUUCCAUUUAUUUUGUCACCCUGAUCGUCAUUGGUUCAUUUUUCAUGCUGAAUCUGGUUCUGGGUGUUCUCAGUGGAGAAUUCGCCAAAGAGAGGGAACGCGUGGAGAAUCGACAAGCGUUCCUCAAGCUUCGCCGACAACAGCAAUUGGAACGCGAGUUGAAUGGAUAUGUGGAUUGGAUCUGCAAAGCAGAGGAGGUGAUCCUCGCCGAGGAAAGAACCACCGACGAGGAAAGGAGUCACAUUAUGGAGGCUCGAAAACGAGCGGCCAAUAAGCGGAGGAAGAUGCAGAAGUUGGGGAAAAGUAGAAGCACUGAGACGGAUGACGAUGACGACGAGCCUGAUGAAGAAACUUAUCUCUCUGAUCCACGCAGGAAAUUCGGACUGAGCCAGGCCUCGGCUCUUCGAACCAGAUUGAGGAACCAAGGUGGAUGUUGCCAGCGUUUUUGGCGGUGCGAGAAACGGGUCAGGUUCUUCAUUCGGUCGACUGUGAAACAGCAAUGGUUCUACUGGUUCGUGAUCAUCCUGGUUUUCUUCAACACUGUUUGUGUGGCUGUGGAACAUUACGACCAACCCCCAUGGUUGACGCACUUCUUGUAUUAUGCCGAGUUCGUGUUCCUGGGUCUAUUCAUCACGGAGAUGGUGGUUCGAAUGUAUGCCCUCGGUCCACGGAUCUACUUCGAGUCAUCGUUCAACCGCUUUGACUGCAUUGUGAUUGUGGCCAGUGUGUUCGAGGUGUUAUGGACCAAUUGUGUGGAAAUGGCCGGUUCGUUUGGACUCUCAGUCCUACGAGCCUUGAGGCUAUUGAGAAUAUUCAAAGUAACAAAAUAUUGGUCAUCUCUGCGAAACCUAGUGAUAUCCUUGCUGAGCUCGAUGCGGUCCAUUAUCUCGUUGUUAUUCCUUCUCUUCCUCUUCAUAUUGAUCUUUGCACUUCUGGGGAUGCAACUCUUUGGAGGUGCUUUCAAUUUCCCGGAUGGAACACCUCCCUCUAAUUUCAACACCUUCGCCAUUGCUUUGCUCACCGUUUUCCAAGUGCUCACUGGCGAGGAUUGGAACGAGGUGAUGUACCAAGGGAUUGAGUCCCAAGGUGGUCAUCGCUCGGGUAUGAUCUAUUGUCUUUACUUCAUCAUCUUGACCCUCUUUGGCAAUUACACUCUCUUGAACGUGUUCUUGGCCAUUGCCGUGGACAACUUGGCCAAUGCACAGGAACUGACCGCGGCCGAAAACCAGGCUGAGAAUGAGGAUCAAAAUGAAUCGACCUCAGCUGCCAGAAACAUGGAGAAGCAAAUCCAGUUCAUGCAAGGCACCCAAAAACUAUCCGAGUUAGAGAUGGAGCUCCGAAACGGGCGCUCAGCCUACGACGAUGAUAUCUUUGUUCAAAAGCCCAUACUGCCCUAUUCCUCCAUGUUCAUACUUUCAUCUUCCAAUCCGAUUCGCAUCUUCAUCCACGGCAUCGUGACGUUUCCUUUCUUUGACACGUUCAUUAUGGUGAUCAUCAUAAUGAGCAGCAUCGCUUUGGCGGCUGAAGAUCCUGUGCAAGAACAUAGUGAACGGAACCAUGUUCUCACCUACUUUGAUUACGUUUUUACCGGGAUUUUUGCUGUCGAGAUGAUUUUGAAGGUGAUAGACCUGGGUGUCAUUGCCCACCCUGGUUCGUACUUGCGUGAUAUUUGGAACCUUAUGGACGCUGUGGUUGUGUUUUGUGCCAGUAUCUCGUUUAUCUUUGAGAUUACGGGAAGCUCCACGGGUCAAAACCUGAGCACAAUUAAGUCCUUGCGCGUGCUACGCGUGUUGCGCCCACUGAAAACCAUCAAACGAGUGCCCAAGCUGAAAGCUGUCUUUGAUUGCGUGGUCAACUCGCUCAAGAAUGUGUUCAAUAUCCUCAUCGUCUACCUACUAUUCCAGUUCAUUUUUGCGGUUAUUGCGGUCCAACUCUUCAAUGGAAAGUUCUUCUAUUGUACGGACAGGAGCAAGCACUUUGCCGAAGAAUGCCAGGGCGAAUACUUUGUCUUCUCGUCCUACAACCGGCCUCCAACGGUGUUCCCUCGACUUUGGCAGAAACAGAAGUUUCACUUUGACAACGUUGCUGCGGCCAUGUUGACUUUGUUCGCAGUUCAAACGACUGAGGGAUGGCCUGCGAUCUUACAAAACUCCAUGGCAGCCACCUAUGAGGAUCGAGGGCCAAUCCAACUAUUCCGCAUCGAGAUGUCGCUCUUUUACAUAGUGUUCUUCAUCGUGUUCCCAUUCUUCUUUGUGAACAUUUUUGUGGCCUUGAUCAUCAUCACGUUCCAGGAACAAGGUGAAGCUGAGCUCCAAGACGGAGAAAUCGACAAGAAUCAGAAAGCUUGCAUCGAUUUCGCGAUCCAAGCCAAACCUCUGGAGAGAUAUAUGCCCAAGGAAAGGGACAGUUUUAAGUACAAAAUAUGGCGGGUGGUGGUCUCCACUCCUUUUGAAUACUUCAUCAUGAUCCUCAUCGUGUUGAAUACCAUUCUUCUGAUGAUGAAGUAUUACAAGCAGACUGAGACGUACAAGGUGACUCUGCACUACAUGAACACUACGCUCACUGGACUGUUUACGCUUGAAUGUGUCAUGAAAAUUUUCUCGUUCGGAUUUCGGCAUCACGGAGCUCCUCUCCUUCUCAGCGACAUUCUCAGUUACAUGAACACGUUCUUCACUUUGUUCUUCACUAUCGAGUGCACUCUCAAGCUCAUUUCAUUCGGCUGUCGGAGCUACUUCAAAGACCCAUGGAACAUUUUUGACUUCAUUACGGUCCUGGGGAGCAUAGUGGACGCGUUGAUGGUGGAAUUUGCAAAAAACUUUAUCAAUGUGGGCUUUCUUCGCUUGUUUCGAGCUGCUCGUUUGAUCAAGCUCCUUCGACAGGGUUACACAAUCCGUAUUCUUCUGUGGACAUUCGUCCAGUCUUUCAAAGCCCUACCCUACGUUUGUUUGUUGAUUGCCAUGUUGUUCUUCAUCUAUGCCAUUAUUGGAAUGCAGGUUUUCGGAAGCAUGGCUUUCGAGCCAGAUUCGGAAUAUAAUCGACAUAAUCAUUUCCAAACCUUCAUGGCAGGCCUUUUGGUCUUGUUCCGGUGUGCCACUGGGGAGGCGUGGCCGAGUAUAAUGCUGUCUUGCGAGGCAGGCAGACCCUGUGAUUCCAAAGCCAUGACCUUCAAUGAGACCUUGGGUCGUUUUGAGCCAAAAACGUGCGGCUCCACUCUCACAUACGCUUAUUUCGUGUCUUUCAUCUUCUUCUGCUCGUUCCUCAUGCUGAAUCUUUUUGUGGCUGUCAUUAUGGACAACUUUGAUUACUUGACCAGAGACUCGUCCAUUUUGGGAGCUCAUCAUUUGGACGAAUUCAUCAGGAUUUGGGCGGAAUACGAUCCCAGCGCUACAGGAAGGAUACAGUACGCGGAAAUGUACGAGAUGUUGAAAAAUAUGGACCCCCCAUUAGGGUUUGGCUCCAAGUGUCCGGAUCGAUUGGCCUACAAGAAACUGAUUCGAAUGAACAUGCCAUUGGAUAAUGAGGGCAAGGUGCAUUUCACCACAACGCUCUUUGCUUUGAUCAGAGAGAAUCUGAGCAUCAAGAUGAGAUCGGCCGAGGAAAUGGACCAAGCCGACGUUGAACUAAGGGAGACCAUCCUCAAAGUGUGGCCAUUUACGGCCAGAGAUAAAAUCGAACUUCUCGUGCCAACCACCAAAGACAUUGGCAAAGGAAAAUUGACAGUGGGAAAAAUAUACGGUGGCCUGCUCAUCUUGGAGAAUUGGAAAGGCUCCAAGUUUGGAACCAUUCCCAUGCAAAAGCGCGGAUCCCUGCUCCAACGGAUCAUGGACUUGAGCACCAACCACAUGGCGAGGGGAGAGGCCAAUACGCUCAACUUAGAGCGAGGAGGCCUCGCACCUGACGAAAGGGACGAAGGCCAACGCGACAACGACGACGACGACCAGGAGAAUGAGCCCAAAGAGACUGACUUGCUUUUAUCCCAGUCGCAUAAUCAAGACAUCUCGACCCAAUUUCAUCGACAGCACGACCAUAGCCCACCCCUAGCGGGCCAUUACCUCCCCGAAAACUUGCGUGCCGCAAAAUCCGAAACGUUUCACACAAGCAUAGUCCGAGCUCCACGCUCUUUUGACCAACACAAGAUCGGCGGACUUCAAGAUCUUUUCAAUCGAGCCGGAUCUGUCAACUUGAAUCAUCGAGAACAUCAUCCAGACAUCCAUCAUCGUGACGAGGGCAUUUCCAAAUGGAGAAGUGAAUCCCCUGGAGAAUACGAGUGGAAUCCUGCGCCUCGACGGCGGGAACAAGCCUACGAUGCGGGAGACACGGUUUCGGGCGUCAUGGAGUUCAUGCGGCACGAGUCUCGACGAUUCGCGCCAGCAUCCAAUGAAAGCAGCUAUCCCGACCAGGACCGUUUUGAUAGUAUUCCAGGGAAAAUGCGCAAAGUUCACGCCGAGGAUGGGGGCAUGUAUGCCGAUUACCGAUAUCAACCUCAUCUACACCACCCACAACAAACCCCUCCAUUUGGCUCUCAUAGAAGGAUCGGUUAUGGAGGACGGGAAUUUGAAGAGUUGUCUAGAGUGCCAGAAGAUCAUGAAAUGUGGCCCCCAAUGCACAAAUCAGGGAGAUUCCACUUACCCGGUGAAAUAGGUGACUACUUUGACGAGGAAGAAGAGCACGCCGAUGAGGAAGCUAUUUACAGUCGAAUGGGUCACAUUCCAACUGAUAGUCAAAAUUUUUUGUCCCAUCGAAGACAACAUGUUUCCGCCCGAGGCGAACCCAUGGCAAGAUCUUGGCGAAGGCCAAGUGGUCGCAGACUCCCUGCCACACCCACACAACCAUCCACUUUGAACAUAGACUCAUUGGCCAACAUUUCAGCAAUCAACAGCUCGCCUCAAAUCCCAGCAGGAGGCGUGAAUCGAAUGGGCUUAGACAUUGGCGACCAAGCGCCCCGCAUUGCUCCUGUCACCUCAACAAAUGCUCUCACUACCCCCAUGAACUUCCCCAAGUUGAACAUUUCCCCGUCACGUGGUCAAACCAGUCGGAUUGGAGCGCGACUGCCUGAUCUGCCGACAAUGAACCACAGAGGCUUACCCAGUCGUCAGGGAGGAUGGAGUCGGAGCCUAGAUGAUCCUGUGGCCUUUGAAGAAGCUGUGAUCGCAGGCCGAGGAAGCCGCCAGCUGCCCAUGGUAGGGCCUCAACAAAUAGCAAGUGCUCGAGGCCGUGGAAUUCGAACCGGUCGCCGAGAGCUUCCACGACCGGGCACCACCAUAGGUUUCGCUCCCGCUAGUGGCCACGGCUACCAAAUGAAGCGCGCAACCUCGCUCAGUGAAAGCGAUGAAGAGGAUUGGUGUUGAGUUUAAGUGUUCUUCCUCGUUACCAUAAAUGAAGAGCGGAUUUUUGUGAUACCCUAAGAGCACCGAGAGGCGCAAUGAUUUGGAUUCUUCAUUCAUGUUGUCUAUGGCUUCCCUAAACCUAUGAAAUCAAUUGAUAUUUACUUGU